CGCCUCGUGACAGUCUCCUGGCAGACAUCAAGGACAAGAUAUCUGUGUCUUCCUCUCAGACACACAUCCUUCAGCACCCUGGUCAGCAUACAAGCCAAGAUGGACAGGCGCGAUCUGUUUGCAUACACGUACUACGGCCUCCCCAUGGGUUCCGAGUGGCCCAUGGCGCCUGCAGAGGUCAUUGAGUCGUACAUGCGCAGACAGAACCACUUGCGCGCAACGGAGAGGGAGCAAGCUGCGUCUGCUGAGGAGCGCACUGCAGCCAGUCAUGGGCGUGGACAUAUCCAGGAGAAUGGAGAGGAGCGACCGCCGACUCUUGGUGAUGCAGUAGCGAGUCUGUCCAUUGCGCAAGUCGACUAAGCAUCCUGAUCUCGCCAUCCCAGCCAAAGAACCUCACCCACUUCGUUC